CCGUUUCUCUGUUUCUGUUGGCGAACGCGACGUGCAGGCAUGAUGGUUGUUUGUUCUCGGAGUGCCGCUGUGGCGGUAGUUGGCUUGGUGAGCUACACGGCCCGGGCGUUUGUCAUCCCACCGUCGUCUAGCGCCCUUUUCUCGAGGACCUCGGCUGCCGCAAAUGCCGCUGCCGGCCGGACCGGCAAGGCUUCUUCUCCUAGGCCUAGGUCUUCUCUUCGAAUGGACGCCUCAGCAGGGGAAGACGAAGAGGGUGGCGUGGUCAUGAACCGCUUCUCGAGCACCUUGACUCAGAGGAAGAGCCAGGGGGCAUCGCAGGCGAUGCUGUACGCCACAGGACUCACCACGGAAGACAUGAACAAGGCGCAGGUGGGAGUCUCCAGCGUGUGGUUCGAAGGCAACCCGUGCAACAUGCACCUGCUAGACCUGGCCAAGGAGGCCAAGGAUGGCGUUACGGAGGCGGGGAUGGUGGGCUACCGGUUUAACACCAUCGGCGUGUCCGAUGGUAUCUCCAUGGGCACCAGCGGCAUGUCGUUCUCGUUGCAGUCACGAGACGUUAUCGCCGAUUCCAUCGAGACGGUGAUGGGGGGGCAGUGGUACGAUGGCAACAUCUCCAUCCCCGGCUGCGACAAGAACAUGCCGGGGUGUCUCAUCGCCAUGGGACGGGUCAACCGCCCUUCCAUCAUGGUGUACGGGGGUACCAUCCGUGCGGGCAAGGCAGCUGGCGAGUCUCUCGACAUCGUCUCGGCCUUCCAGGCGUACGGGGAGUUUGCGUACGACAGGAUCACCGAGGAACAAAGGCAGACGGUCGUGGAGAACGCUUGCCCCGGCCCCGGUGCCUGCGGAGGGAUGUACACGGCUAACACCAUGGCCAGCGCAAUCGAGGCUCUGGGAAUGUCCCUGCCGUACUCUAGCUCCACCCCUGCUGACGACCCGAUGAAGAAGGAGGAGUGCCACAGGGCAGCACAGGCGGUCCGCAACAUGUUGGAGAAGGACCUCAAGCCGAAGGACAUCGUCACCCGUGCUUCCUUCGAGAACGCGAUCGUCACCGUCAUGGCUCUCGGAGGCUCCACUAACGCUGUGCUUCACCUCAUCGCCAUGGCCAGAGCCUUCGACAUCGAGCUCGACAUCGACGACUUCCAGACCCGCACGAUACUCUGA